UGUGUUUCCCACCAGCGAAACAGUUUGUUAUUUUUUAUCAGACCUAAGGCCUGGGGCUGGUGGUCCCCCUCCGGGUACUGAGCAGUGGGUCCUGGGGGCCGUCCCUGCCUCAGCUUAAAGGUGUAAUGCCUGUCCCGGGGGGUUUUCCCCGUGUGAUAGGGGGGGGGGAGGAAGAUUGCAAACAAUACCCCCCUUCUUUCCUUUCUGUAGGAAUCCCUGGGAUAGUGGCUAUUCCAGUACUCCUAUGUGGCCAUGUUCCCUCUCCUCCAGGACCCCUUACCUGCUGGGCGGGUGUGAGGGCUUCCUCAGCGUGGCUCCGGUGUACUGUCCUCCCGGGGACAUUUUCGAAUGGAGCCAGCAGUCGACGCCGCGUCACAGGCGGCGCGCGGUGAUGACGAAGUUUCGCUUCCGGUCUUCACCAAAAUGGCGGCCGCCAGCGGCGUCGGCUCCUCGCUGUUCUCACUGCAGCAAGGAGGAGAGUGGCGCCUACACGACUUCGCUAUGGAGCGCGAGGAUCGUUCGCUAGCAGCCGCUGCCGAGGACACCACCAAGGGUGAGUCUGCCUCAGAAUGUCAGGGGGGCAUAUUGGACUGGGUCCUCUCCCCCCCCCCCCCUCUCCUCUCCUCUCACACUUGAUGUUUGAACUGUGAUAUAUUUUUUCUCUCCCCUUACAGGGGAGGAGGUUUCUGCCCAGGGGGAAGCUGCUAUUCUCUCCCUAAAACACACUUCCAAAACCAAGAGGUGUGGUAACUGUAGCAUUAAGCUGGCUGCAGAUUACUCCAAACUUCUUUGUGCCAAAUGCAUACAAAAAUUGACAGCAAAGGAAACUUCCCUGAUUAUGAAAGAAUUCCUAGCUGUCCAAUCCCAAAUGCUCUCCACAUUAAAGGAAUUUAAGGACACCUUAAAAAAUAGGGAUCCUGAGCCCAUAGCAGCCGGCCCCUCUUCUCAAGAGAGCUCAUCCACCCCAGUGCCACGAGUUUCCAGGGCUAGGGAGUCUCUCCUAUCUGACACCGAAGAUUCAGAGGCUCCAGAAGAUGGGGUAGUUGAUAGUCAUUCUGAGGAUGAGGAUGCCAGAUCAGGCAAAUAUAUUUUUUCUACAGAUGACAUGGGGGGUCUGCUGUCUGCUGUCUAUGCCUCUGAGGGGAUCCAGCAGCCAGCAGAGCUGGUGUCACCUCAGGACAGAAUGUACCAGGGUUUAGCUAAACCCCAGCCAAAGGUUAUCCCAGUCCAUCAGUCACUUAAAGAUAUAGUUCUGAGGGAAUGGGCUGAGCCUGAAAAGAAACUACUAAGGUACAAGACCUGGAAGAGGCGCUGUCCCUUUAAGGAGGAGUUAGAAAAUACUUUGUUUAAAACUCCUAAACUAGAUGCAUCUCUAGCCCAACUCUCCAGGCAGUCUGACCUCUCGUUUGAAGAUGCAGGAAACUUAAAGGAUUCCUUAGACAGGCGGGCAGACACCUCCCUUCGCAGGGCCUGGGAGGCUAAUACGGCCGCCCUUGGACCCGCUUUAGCCUCUUCCUGCAUCGCUAGGAAUGCAGAUACCUGGUUAACCAGACUUCUGGAGCAUGUACCUCAGACCUCCAAGUUUAAAGAAAUUAGAGAUUCUCUUACAGUCAUAGGCAGUGCGGUUGCCUAUCUUGCAGACGCAUCGAUUGAAACAGUCCGAUCCUCUGCUAAGACGGGUGCUCUCGUCAACGCCGCCAGAAGGGCGGUAUGGCUGAAGACGUGGGAAGGUGAUCUUGCUUCCAAGACCCGUCUAUGUGCCCUGCCCUUUGAAGGUACUCUUCUCUUUGGGGCAGGACUUGAUCAAGCUCUAACUAGGGCCUCAGAAAAGGGGAAACGGUUCCCCCCAAAACCUAGACCUAACAGGAGAAGAUUUUUUCGAGGCCCCCAGAAUAAAAACCGACCUUCUGACCGAAGAUCGGCCUUUAAUAAGCGUUGGAUCGCGGGAAAGGAUAAGCCAAAAGGGGGUAUCCUUUUCCCCGAUCCCAAACCCGCAGGUAAGGACUCCAAGUGA